AUGUCAUCAUCUUCAUCCGAUGGAUUGGAAGAAAGAUUAGACGAAGUUUUCGACGAUAUUUGCGAAGAUACAUUCAACGACAUUCUCGAGGCCCAAACCAAGAAGCAAAAGAAACGUGCUUAUAUAGAACGAAACCGUGAAGCAGGACACAACCGUUUAUGGAAUGACUACUUCACCGAAAAUCCGACAUAUGAGGCACAUUUUUUCAGACGCCGUUUCCGUAUGAACAAGGAAUUAUUCAUGCGUAUUGUCUAUGGCCUCUCACAGAACGUUCCAUUCUUUCAACAAAGAAGAGAUGCUACCGGGAGGCUUGGUCUUUCUCCACUACAAAAAUGUACGGCAGCAAUUCGUAUGCUUGCUUAUGGUUCUGCGGCCGACGCGGUAGACGAAUAUCUCCGACUAGGUGAGAGCACGGCACUUUCCUGUUUACAUAAUUUCACUGACGGAAUAAUACAUUUAUUUGGAAAUGAGUAUCUACGAAGACCCACAGCAGAGGAUCUUCAGCGACUACUCGAUAUUGGAGAGACACGCGGGUUUCCUGGGAUGGUUGGAAGCAUUGACUGUACCUUAAACGAUAUUAAUGUCCUUGAUCGGUCUCCUGUUUUUGAUGACAUUAUAGAAGGUCGAGCUCCAAGGUUAGAGUACGUGGUCAACGGACACAAAUAUAAGUUCGCUUACUACCUCACGGACGUGGAUUUGGAGUGA